GUGACGAUUGAGGAAAACGAGGUUGUCCAAAAAAAGUCCUGAGUUCUGUCUUCAUAUGUUCAGGAAAAAAAUAUACAGUGUCUGUGCUCAAAGAGUGAAAUCGCUGUAAAAUUAUGGAGUAGAUGUGUGCAACUGCGUGCCAAACGGGGGGACCUCAGUGAAGGCGUCUAUUUGAUCUUCUAUUUGAUCUGUCGAGCUUCAAAAAAAAUGUGUCUGUUUCAGAGUGAAAAAACGUACAACGAGUAAGUUUGACCGUCGAAAACGAGUCCAAGUUUCACGAGAAGUGUUAAAUCGUUGGAGGAUCAUGUCGUAAUUCUCUUUCGACGUACUUCGUUACUGCCCUUCUGCUGGUGUCAUGUUGUAGGUUAUCUCUCAUCUAUCCUUCUUUAUUUCGCGCAACAAACAGGUUUUCUCUCAUCUUUGAACUAUUUCGUCGCUCAUGCUGAUAGAUAUUUUCUGUCUCUCCCAACGAUCUUCUCAACUAUAGCUUACGCCUAGCAAUAUUAGCAUGUGCAUUUGAUAUUGAACUUCCCUGCAUUUAGUUCGGAAUCCCUUAGCAGGAUCCGCAGCAGCAGCGGAAAUAGUUUUCAGACACAACAAUUUUUUAUCGCAAAAUUGUUGAAUUAACACAUUUUCUUGCGGGCAAGAAAAAAUAUUGUGGAAGGAUAGUUAGGUUCGUGGAAAAAGGAGCGGAUCCCGCAUUCAUAGAAUUACGGGUAGAGUGCUGUUGUAGUUCCUCUCAUUUCCUUGUAUGAAUCAAUACACUGACAAAACGGCCUAGGCCUUUUCCAAAAAUCAAGAAAUUGUAGUCGUCAUUCUUCUUCUAGAUACUCGAAAUAGGUAAUUACCGAUAAGUAGAAGAAGAUCCAUCUUCUGCAUAUCAUGUUUUUCAACUGAGGUGGAUAGUCUCACAGAUAUCAUUAACAUGUUGUAGUUGUAAAUCAAAUUCAGAAUUUGAAAAUCGCGCUUAUUAUCGACCUUGAUUCGGAUAGGAGACAUUUCUGCAUUUUGUUUUUAGUUUGGUGGUGGUGAGAAAAAAAGCCACAAAAUGAGCGAUCCACGCGGAUAUCACGACUGUCCGGUGAAACAGCUCGAGGAGGAGCUGGCGACAGACUCCAAAAAUGGUGUCUCAUCCGCUGCGGCAGCGGAGAAGCUAGCCAGGGACGGGCCGAACGAGCUUUUCAAGCCCUCGCCACCAAGUAAUACUUUUUUCCCUCUAUUUUGGUAUGCUAGGUAGCCUGAAGAAACCAUUUUUGCCUCGCAACUCGAUGGCGUUUUUCUGAGAUGAUGUGACGAUCUUUUGCCUUGCAACAUUGAUGAAUACUCAAUAUUUGAUUUUGAAAUUUGACGCCUCACCUGCAGCGCUGUUCAUGCUUUUUGUGGCGCAGAUGUUGAAUGUGAUCAUGCUUUUAUUGACGGCUUCCGCUUGCGCGUCGCUGAUUAUUGCGGGCACAAGAAGUAACCCUGAACCCAUACACUUCGUGGAGGGUAUCGCAAUUUUUAUCAUCGUCUUUCUUAAUGCGGGAAUUGCGGCAGUCACUGAAAACGUAGCCAACAAUGCUCUUGAAGCGCUCUCGAAGAUGUCGCAGGAAAAAUGCAAGGUCAUUCGCGACGGGGAAGAAGUGGAGAUCGAAUCCACCAGAGUGGUACUCAAAGCAAGUCAGACUUCUUACCACCUUCCAAUAGUACUAGCAUCAGCUUUUAUUAUGUUAAGAAAGUACAAGAAGAAGCAAACAAAGGUCCAUUGCACGUGUACCUACACCUUUACUCUUUCUCUUACAACAUUUUUUUUGCACUUUCUUCCUCAUACAACACAACCAUUCUUCAGGUUAUUGGUGAUUUGGUUGUUUUGGGAACAGGAGAUGUUUGCCCUGCGGAUCUGCGUAUGCUUGAUGCGAAUGAGUUGAAAGUGAACGAGAUGCUUCUGACAGGAGAGCCUGAUGAUGUCGCAAAGACUCACAAGCUCGACAAAAAGGGUACUACAACUCUGGCAUUUUUCAUUAAAGUGUGCUCAAAUUGCGGAAGAACAUCUUAUUUCUCACCCUCGUAGUAAGCUAAGUGCUUUGUAUACAUAGAAAUGGGACAACGAGCACCACUGAAAAACGUUUAAUUUCUUGUCGCUCUCAAUUUUCAGCCUCGGGCGAUGACCAUGCGGGUGGUGAGGAAAAGCUUACACCGCCAUCGAUGGCAUUUAUGUCGUGCACUGUUACGAACGGUAAAGCAGUCGGUAUCGUAACGGACAUUGGUAUGGCCACUCGAGUUGGUCGUAUUGCCGAGAUGCUUCAGUCGGAAAAAUCGGACGACAAGAACAAGAGCUGCUUGCCGGACACGACGGGAAACAUGACACCAUUGCAGGUACGCAAAUCCAUACUCUCGUUUGUUUUUCUUCGAUUUGGGUUGAACCGGUAUGAUCCACUGCCAUGAGAAUACUCAUAUGAAAGACACGCGACGUGAUAAUUUGGGCUUACUACUUUUUCCUGCAAUUAUUAUGGUCACCUCGCGCUAGGCACAUUCAUUCAUUCAUUCAUUCAUUCAUUCUUACAGCAAUCGUUGCAAGAAUUGGGUGUGAAGAUUGGUUACAUGGCCAUCGCAGUGUGCGCAGCAGUAUGGGUGAUCGGUGUUGCCUUGGAAACUAAGGAUGAAACAGAUCCGACAAAACCAUCGUGGCUGUACAUGAUUCUCGUCGCUGUCACUCUCGCUGUCGCAGCCAUCCCGGAAGGUAUCCCGCUGUGCGUCACGAUCUCUUUGUCCAACGGAGCCAACGAGAUGGUGAACCGAAACGUGCUGGUGCGCAGGUUGGCAGCCGUCGAAACCCUCGGGUCCGCGUCGGUUAUCUGCACAGACAAGACAGGCACGCUCACAGAGGGAAAGAUGACGCUCGUCAAAAUGUGGUCAGCAGGUAAUCAUGUCGUACGACCGGACAGUAAUGAACUCUUUCACGCAGCGAUACAAAAGCAAAACUUCUUUAAAAAUUCGAGGCCAUUUCAAAUAUAUAAUCGGUAGCUGCUGUACUUUGCUGAAACUGUCCCAACUAAUGGAACCGAAUAAAAACUUCAGGCAAGCUGUACGACGUGUCCGGUCAGGGGUUUGACCCGAAUGUGGGUAAGGUUUAUCCUGCUGACGACCCGCUGGAAAUUCCUCAUUCUAUUUCUGGUAUGAAUACUGAGGGAACCAAGCAUAUGGAGCGCGUGAAAGAGGAGCCAAGCGGUAUGGGGAAGAGCCUGGUUGCACCUUCCGCUACCCCAGGUGCCGCCAAGGCAGACAGCGGAAAGACGGAGCCGACUGUGCGCAGUACACUGCUUUCGGGUCUCCUCUGUAGUAACACGACGAUCAAUCAAGAUCCGGAAACCAAGCUCUGGACUCCGAAAGGAAACUCUUCGGAAGCUCCGCUGGUAUUAUCGUUAUAUUUAUGCUUAGGACUAACUCUGAUGUUAUUUCAUGCUCAACACACAAGCAUCUUUUUCUUACUGUGCCUUUCUCAUCUGCGUAGCUGAGGUAUCCAAUAUCCAUUGUUGAUCAUAGAUAAGCCGUGAUACCUUUCUAAAUUUGUCAACAUUGUGCGCUUCUAGGUCGUUGCAGCAGCGAAAGUCGGAUUUCGGAAUGCUGAUACCGCCGCCGAAUUUCCGCGUGUAUUGGAGAUUCCGUUCAACAGCACGAGAAAGAUGAUGUUGACCAUUGUCGAAGUUCCAGGUACCUGGGCUUAUUGAGAUUUCGUACUCCUGCUAAGAUAAACGGAUAAGGAUUGCGGUGUUUAAGAACUUCAUUCAGUCUGAAAACUUCAUCGGCUUCUGCAUGCGUCUCCUUCUUCUACACCAUGUAGUUUCCACAGCCUUCACCAAGAACCUAUCUAUCACACGAAAUACAAAUGUAAAUACAAAUAGAAGUUGCAACCCUUUUCCUCCCAACCUAUUCCUCGUAGCUGGCACAACGACUUUGGGGAAGGAUGGCAUUCGUCUCCCAGAGGCAACGAAAUACGUGACGAUUGUGAAAGGCGCACCGAAUAUCAUCCUGGACGCUUGCAGUCAGUCAUGCUCCAAGGAUGAUUCAUGUAUUCCGGAGUUUGGCGUGAAAGAAAAGGCAGAAGCUAUGGAUGUCGUCGAUCAACUUUCAUCUCAAGCACUCCGCGUCCUCGCAGCUGCCAUCAAGUACCAUUUGAAUUAAGUAUUUUGGCAUGAUCUGGGUGCACUACUGGAGAUUUUUGAUAUAAUCAAAUGCAUGAAGAUGCAUUGAGACUGUAGUGCCACGAGGUAAGACAGGUACACCAGUGUGAGAGAAACCCUUCCUCGUUGGCAUCUCUUCCAUCCCUGCCACUAGAUAAGAUUUGAUUAUCAGUACUUGUCACCUAAAUUUGCCUCCAUUUCGCACAAUAUACUUAUUCAGAUUGAUGCCUUUGUUUUUGUAAUUUAGUUUGCAAGUCCAUUCCUACUAAUCAGCUGUGCCCUAAUAUACUACAAUUAUUCCAUCCAGGUGCUACGAGGAGUUGCCAUUCGAUCAGAAUGACGACAACUUGACAUCUGAUGACAAGUUUAAGGCAAUGUUGAGUGGAAGCACACUGCGACUCUUGGGGCUAUUUGCGUCCAUCGAUCCGGCGCGCGAGGGUGUGAAGGAGGCUGUCGAGGCUUCGAAUGUGGGUGGUAUCCGUGUGGUGAUGAUUACAGGCGACUACUACAAGACCGCGAUUGCGAUCGCAAAGAACAUUAAGAUCUUGCUGCCGGAGGACAAUGUGGCGGAAGCGGCACUGGAUUGCGGUGGCCUGCGACCCAACGGCGACUAUUUGCCGGACGUGGAGUUUGACUUCCUAACGUCAAAAGUGAAGGUCUUUGCCCGAGCGAAGCCGGAGGACAAGCUGGAGAUCGUGAAGUCUCUUCAGCGACAGGGACUGGUGUGCGCGAUGACCGGUGACGGUGUCAACGACGCUCCAGCGCUGAAUAAGAGCGACAUCGGUGUUGCUAUGGGAAUCCAGGGAACAGACGUCGCCAAGGGUGCCUCUGCGAUGAUCCUCACAGACGACAACUUUGUCUCCAUCGUUGGCGCAGUCGAGAUGGGACGAGUCAUCUACGCCGGUAUCCAGAAGUUCGUCGCCUUCAUCAUGUCAGUGCACAUCGGAGAGGUAUUUUCCUAAUUGAUUUAUCCUAGAAGGAGGUAAUUUACGUCUUUCAACAAUUUGAGACUCUUUGUUUCUUUGGCUUCCUUUCAGGUAACCAUGUGAUAAAAGAAAGUGUCAUUGGUUGUUCUGGGAUGAAAAUACGGAUUUCUGCGAGUUGUAUGAGUAUUUCAUUAACCGCUGGUGUUCUGGAUGGCUCACUACACUCAAAAAUAUCAAAAACAGGUGAUGCAAAUCUUCUUCACGGUAGCCGCUCAGAUGCCGAUCAUGAGGCAACCGUUGCAGAUUCUGUUUUUGAUUUUGGUCACGGAUUUGCCGCCUGCCGUCGCGCUGGGCAUGGAACCAGGAUCCCCGACGAUCAUGCGCGACCGACCCCGGCCGAAGAGGCAGCCAAUCGUGCUCACUUGGAUGUGGAUCUCGAUCGUGAUGAAUGGUCUCAUCCUGUCCGUGUGUAUUGCCAUCGUGUACGUCUGGGCGUUGGACUACUUCCUCGGGCUCAUUUGGAAAGACGACAUCCAGAAGGUGAUCGAGUAUGAGGACGACUCACUCGGCUGCCGCCUCGGAAUCAAUCCUACCAUCGGGGACCCGGCGCUGAAGUACUGCAGUUGCCGCUACGGAGUGAGCGGCGCUGGACCCUUCAACACCAAGGACGACUGCAAUGACGAUUCCGCGACUAUGAAUGCAGACAUGAAAUUGCGUCUUGCAAGAACAACGGCCUUUAUCGGCGUCGUGUACGCGGAGAACGUGCGUGCCUACACCAGUCGCUCUUUCAGCGAGCCAUUCUACAAGGAGAUGUUCUCCAACUCAGCAAUGCAAAAAGCCAUUGGUAUCGCGCAGGUCGCUCUCUACCUCGUCAUUUUCAUUCCUGGGCUCUCCGACGCAAUCUUCGAACUGGAGGGUGCCAAGAUGUCCGGAUACGAGGACUCCAACGGAAACGCCGGUGUCGGUUACGGAUUCGCUUUCGGCGCAGCGGCUUCUUGUACAUCUUUUUGUUUGUGAAGUAUUCUUAAGGCCUCAAGACAUAGAGAUUGGUUUAGUUUUAAGGAGAAUGCAGUGUGCGUCACUAUUCAUCUUAUACCAUGAGUUAUGUACAAAUAUUUUAUGAGUAUCGUAGACGAUCAAUAAAUUUCCUGAGAAUCAAUUUACCCAUCAAUUAUGGUCCGUCGUUGUGUCCUUUUAUCGCACGCCUUUCGUUUCUCAAAACAGGCGUGUGCUUAUGCGAAUUGUACAAGUUGUUGGUGAAGGAACAGAUUCGGAAGUUCGGGGAACAGGUGAAGAGACAACAGGAUGAAGAGGAGGCAGAGCGCCAGAGGCUUAUUGCGGCUAGGGAGCCAAUCCCACACGAUUUGAGUAAGUCGCUUAGUAAGGAGUCUGCACGACAGAAAAACUCCAAGGAAGCUAAGGUAGAGGAGCCGCAGAAACCUGCGGGACCAACGCUAGAAGUGCCAGCGGCAAACCAAGUUUGA